UACUGUACUUCAUCCAGAAGAAUGGUGUGAGGAAUUCAACCACUUUAUUUCACAGUGUCUUAUUAAGGAUUUUGAAAGGCGGCCUUCUGUCACACAUCUCCUCGACCACCCAUUUAUUAAAGGAGCCCACGGGAAGGUUUUAUUUCUGCAAAAACAGCUGGCCAAGGUCCUCCAAGACCAGAAGCAUCUAAACCCUGUUGUUAAAACCAGGCAUGAAAGAAUGCAUACCAGAAGACCCUAUCAUGUGGAAGAUGCUGAAAAAUACUGCCUUGAGGAUGACUUGGUCAAUUUAGAGGUUCUGGAUGAGGAUUCAAUUAUUCAUCAGUUGCAAAAGCGUUACAUGGACUUGGUGAUUUACACAUAUGUUGGAGACAUCUUAAUUGCCUUAAACCCCUUCCAGAAUCUAAGCAUAUACUCUCCACAGUUUUCCAGACUUUAUCAUGGGGUGAAACGUGCCUCAAAUCCCCCCCACAUAUUUGCAACAGCAGAUGCUGCUUACCAAUGUAUGGUUACUUUUAGCAAAGACCAGUGCAUUGUCAUCAGUGGAGAAAGUGGCUCUGGGAAGACAGAAAGUGCCCACCUGAUUGUUCAGCAUUUGACUUUCUUGGGAAAGGCCAGUAACCAGACCUUGAGAGAGAAAAUUCUGCAAGUCAACUCCCUGGUGGAAGCCUUUGGAAAUGCAUGCACUGCCAUCAAUGACAAUUCCAGCCGUUUUGGAAAAUAUCUGGAAAUGAUGUUUACACCAACCGGAGCUGUGAUGGGGGCAAGAAUGUCUGAGUAUCUCCUUGAAAAAUCCAGAGUUAUAAAACAGGCAGUGGGAGAGAAAAAUUUUCACAUAUUUUACUACAUUUAUGCUGGUCUUUAUCACCAGAAGAAACUUUCUGAGUUCAGACUUCCUGAGGAAAAGCCUCCUAGGUAUAUAGCCGAUGAAACUGGAAGGGUGAUACAUGACAUAACUAACAAGGAGUCUUACAGAAGACAAUUUGAAGCAAUUCAGCAUUGCUUCAGAAUUAUAGGGUUCACUGACAAGGAGGUGCACUCAGUGUACAGAAUUUUGGCUGGGAUUUUAAAUAUUGGAAGCAUUGAGUUUGCGGCUAUUUCCUCUCAACAUCAAACUGAUAAAAGUGAGGUGCCCAAUGUUGAAGCUUUGGAAAAUGCUGCCUCCGUUCUCUGCAUCAGUCCUGAAGAACUCCAAGAGGCCCUUAUCUCAUACUGUGUGGUCACCCGUGGUGAGACCAUCGUCCGAGCCAAUACUGUCGAUAGGGCUGCAGAUGUCCGAGAUGCCAUGUCCAAAGCGCUGUAUGGGAGGCUCUUCAGUUGGAUUGUCAAUCGCAUCAAUACACUCUUGCAGCCAGACAAAAGCAUAUGUAGUGCAGAUGAUGGUAUUAAUGUGGGGAUCUUGGAUAUUUUUGGAUUCGAGAACUUUCAGAGAAAUUCAUUUGAACAGCUCUGCAUAAACAUCGCCAAUGAGCAAAUCCAGUACUAUUUCAACCAGCACGUUUUUGCUCUUGAGCAGAUGGAAUAUCAGAAUGAAGGCAUUGAUGUUAUACCUGUGGUGUAUGAGGACAAUCGCCCACUCCUGGACAUGUUCCUCCAGAAACCCCUGGGACUGCUUGCGCUUUUGGAUGAGGAAAGUCGAUUUCCCCAAGCAACUGAUCAGACCCUAGUUGAUAAAUUUGAAGAUAAUCUACGAAGCCAAUACUUCUGGAGGCCUAAGGGAGUGGAGCUGUGCUUUGGCAUUCUGCACUACGCUGGGAAGGUAUUGUAUGAUGCUUCUGGGGUUCUGGAGAAAAACAGAGACACGCUCCCUGCUGAUGUGGUUGUGGUCCUGAGAACAUCAGAAAACCAGCUUCUGCAGCAACUCUUCUCGAUUCCUUUGACCAAAACAGGUAACUUGGCCCAGACAAGAGCCAGGAUAACAGCAGCCUCAAGAUCUUUGCCUCCACAUUUCAGUGCUGGGAGAACCAAAGUGGACACUCUGGAGGUGAUACGACAUCCCGAAGAAACCACCAACAUGAAAAGGCAGACCAUGGCUUCUUACUUCCGGUAUUCUCUGAUGGAUCUGCUCUCCAAAAUGGUGGUCGGACAGCCCCACUUUGUGCGCUGCAUUAAACCCAAUGAUGACCGAGAGGCCCUGAAGUUCUCCCGAGAGAGUGUGCUGGCCCAGCUCCGCUCCACAGGGAUCCUGGAGACAGUCAGCAUCCGCAGGCAGGGCUAUUCCCAUCGCAUCCUCUUUGCAGAGUUUGUGAAAAGGUCAGGCCAGCAUCUUGGGAAAUGCAUUCUGUUAAAUAUAGCUGUCCUGUGGCUAUCCCUAUCCCCUGGGACUGCUCCUCCUGCUUGUUUGCCUCCUACCAUGUAACCGGCUAGUUACCAGCUACCAUUUACUUGCUGAAAUGUUGCAUUUUUAUUGUGCUCCAUCUAAAUUGCUAUGCUCUGGAAGACAGGGUA